AUGGCUGUGGUCCUGCCCCUUGUGCCGCAGGUUUGUGCCGUGUCAUCUUCAAGACCGAAAGUCCCGUCCCUGCGUGGGAAUGAAGUGGAGUGGAGUGGAGUGGAGUGGAGUGGAGCGGAGGAAGUGGAAGUGGAAGUGGAAAAUCCAAGUUCCUCCGAAAUGCUAUGCGGCUCUGUAUUAUUUGUUCCGCGAGACUCCCGUCCCCUUGCGAGGGGUUCGGUUACCCUAGAUCGGUUACCACAACCGAUAGCCGAUGCCGGUAUUGUACCUGCGGAACAACAGAUGCUCCGCCAGGGAUGUCCGGCAGAUCGCCCACCAAAUAUCGUCAGAGUCCGUAAAUUCCAAUUGGAAGAACUUUGA